AUGGCAUCUUCUUCUUGUUUCCAUGUCAUUCUCUUCUGCUCUUUUCUUUUCUUUACUUCAACUAUUGCGCAAAAUCAAACUUCUUUCCGUCCCAAAGGCCUAAUUAUCCCGGUCAUGAAAGAUGGUUCGACUCUCCAAUACCUUACACAAAUCCAACAAAGAACACCUCUUGUCCCUGUUAGUUUAACUCUUGACCUUGGUGGCCAAUUUUUGUGGGUAGAUUGUGACCAAGGCUAUGUGUCCUCCUCCUAUAAACCGGCUCGGUGUCGCUCCGCCCAGUGCUCACUGGCCGGAGCAACCGGUUGUGGAGAAUGCUUUUCUCCACCUAGACCAGGUUGCAACAAUAACACGUGUGGCCUAUUUCCUGACAACACGGUUACUCGAACCGCUACUAGUGGGGAGUUAGCUUCUGAUGUUGUGUCAGUACAAUCUUCUAACGGAAAAAAUCCUGGUAGGAACGUAAGUGAUAAAAAUUUUCUUUUUGUUUGUGGUGCUACAUUUCUUUUACAAGGUCUUGCUAGUGGUGUUAAGGGUAUGGCUGGUCUUGGAAGAACAAGAAUCUCUCUUCCUUCUCAAUUCUCAGCUGAAUUUAGCUUCCCUAGAAAAUUUGCUGUUUGUUUGAGCUCUAGCAAGUCCAAGGGUGUUGUACUUUUUGGAGAUGGUCCAUAUUUUUUCCUUCCUAAUAGGGAAUUCUCCAACAAUGAUUUUCAAUAUACUCCACUUCUUAUCAAUCCAGUAAGUACAGCUUCAGCCUUUUCCGCUGGACAACCAUCUUCUGAAUACUUUAUUGGAGUAAAAUCCGUCAAGAUCAACCAAAAAGUUGUCCCAAUAAACACAACUUUGUUGUCAAUUGACAAUCAAGGUGUAGGGGGAACAAAAAUUAGCACAGUGAAUCCUUACACAGUGUUGGAAACUUCACUAUACAAUGCUAUUACAAAUUUCUUUGUGAAGGAGCUUGCUAAUGUCACUAGGGUCGCAUCCGUAGCUCCAUUUGGGGCUUGCUUUGAUUCAAGAAACAUCGGAAGUACAAGAGUUGGACCAGCAGUGCCACAAAUUGAUCUUGUUUUGCAAAAUGAAAAUGUGAUUUGGACCAUUUUUGGAGCAAACUCAAUGGUGCAAGUUAGUGAAAAUGUUUUGUGCCUUGGGUUUGUAGAUGGUGGUGUCAAUUCAAGGACUUCUAUAGUGAUUGGAGGCCAUACAAUUGAGGACAACCUUUUGCAAUUAGAUAUUGCAAGAUCGAGAUUGGGAUUCACAUCUUCAAUCCUUUUCCGACAAACUACAUGUGCCAAUUUUAACUUCACUUCAAUUGCUUAA